GGUUGAAGUCAUUAUUAUUAAUAAAUUUACAGAAAAGAAGUGAUAUUAUUCAGGAAUUUGGACCAGGAAGAAAGGGUGGCCGCAGAUGCGCCUCUGGUCCCGACUAUGGCAACAGUACCAGUGCUAGGCAGAGCCAUCCCUCACCUCCGUCUCCAACUUAACACAACGCUUCCGGCCGCCGUCUGUUUACUGAUACGAAGACCAUGCUAUACCACAACCGCCGCAGAGUUUAAUCGGCCGAUUAAGAAGGUACCUUCCACUUCCACAUCCACUUCCACUUAUGACGACAAGGCCUCUUUGUUAAGCGCAAAACCUCAUCCACCCAAGGACCCAAAAUGGGAGAACGAUCCUGAUUAUCGUAAGUGGAAGGAUAAAGAAGCAGAGAUUUUCCAAGAUAUUGACCCUAUCACUCUCCUAGUCAAAGAUAUACUCCACUCCGACAGGUAUAUGGAUGGAGAGCAACUUACACCAACAGACGAGAAAACUGUGGUAGAGAAGCUUCUUGCUUAUCAUCCUCACUCUGAAGAUAAGAUUGGGUGUGGCCUUGAUUCUAUUAUGGUUGAUCGGCAUCCACAGUUCAGAAACUCAAGAUGCCUAUUUGUUGUGAGAUUCGAUGGUGUAUGGAUCGACUUCUCUUAUCAGAAAUGCAUUCGAGCAUAUAUUAGACACAAAUACCCGUCUUAUGCAGAAAAAUUCAUCAAAGAGCAUUACAAGCGCAGUAGUAGUUGACUGCUUCUUUCCGAUAGAUGAUCACUUUGUUUUUAAAUCGAAACCACAUUUUGUCAAUGGUAGUUGAAAUGAAAAUGAUUGAAGUUGAAAGGUUUGAUUUUGUUGA